UUCUACCAGCAGCAAAAUCCGAGAUGAGCGCUUUGCAGCAGGAACAGCGCGCUCAGGCCGAGCAAGCCAAGCAGGCCGCCCGCUACAACAACGCCGGCAACGCCAAUGACCACGAUGGCGAUGAGGACGACGUCGAGGACGACGAGGACGGCGACUGGGAGGACGACGACGAGCUGCUCGCAGACGAGCCCGCGACGUGCUUGUUCUGCCCCGAGGUCCUCGCGUCUGCCAGCGACGUGUUCAUGCACUGCGCACAGUCGCACGCAUUCGACCUGGACACGGUGCGUCGCGCCCAUGCGCUGGACGAGUACGGCUGCAUCAAGCUCGUCAACCUCGUGCGCACACGUGUGGCUGGCUCAGUGAGCUCCAUUGCGACCCAGGCUCAGGCUCAGGCUCAGGCUCAGGCUCAGACCACCAAGGCAUUGCUGCAGUUCGAGGACGUCAUCAAGCCAAGCGAGCUGGUGGCGUUGCUGGCGGACGACGCCUGGCUAGCUCCAGUCAUGCAGGACGACGCGGUGCUGCAGUACCCGUUCGACGAGUGCCCAGCAGCGAACGAGGACGACAACGGCGAAGACACGGUCAAGGCAGACAGCCAACAAGCUCAAGGACACGCUGCAAAGACUUCUGCUGGUAAGGCUGCUGCUUCAGCGGACAACAAGGACGACGACGACGACGAUGCUCCGCCGGAACUGCUCGACGGCGAUGCGGCGCUACCAGUCGACCCUCGCCUCCAGGCCAUGGCCGAGCUCGACCCCGAGUACCGCGCCAUGCUUGCCACGAUUGGCACUGGCGGAGAGGCGUCUACAUCGGCAGCAGCGGACAACAGCAGCGCUCGCCGCCGCGAUUCCGUCUCUUCGCACGGCUCUGCUGAAAUGGACAACAGCUCGGCCGACAAGCUCGAUUACUACUUUGCCUCGUAUUCACGCUCUGGCAUUCACGAGGAAAUGCUCAAGGACAAGGUGCGCACUGAGGGAUACCGCGAUUUCAUGUACAAGAACAAGGACCUGCUGCGCGGCAAAACCGUUCUCGAUGUCGGCUGCGGCACGGGCAUUCUGUGCAUGUUUGCCGCUCGCGCUGGCGCGACCAAGGUCAUUGGCAUUGAUCGCUCCAACAUUAUCGACCAGGCCUUGCUGAAUGUCAAGGAGAACGGGUUGGACCACAUCAUCACCCUCAUUCGAGGCAAAGUAGAGGACGUGACGCUGCCGGUGGAUGGCGUUGAUAUCAUCAUCUCCGAGUGGAUGGGCUACAUGCUCUUGUACGAGUCCAUGCUCGACACUGUGCUGUACGCGCGCGACAAGUGGCUGCGCGGCUACAGCAGCGCCAACUCGCGCAUUGUGCGCGGUGUGAGCGACCCUGCCACAACCACUGUUAUUCCCUCGACCGGCGGAGUCUACCCAGACAAGUUUGCCAUGUACAUGGUUGCCUUGGACGACCAGGACUGGAAGAACAGCCGAAUCAACUUUUGGGACGACGUCUACGGCUUCAAGAUGACGGCCAUGCGCCCAACAACGAUGGUCGAGCCUGGCGUGGACUUUGUCGAUCCCGCCACCAUUAUCACUGCGCCAUGCCUGUUCAAGGGGCUGGACAUGCACACGGUUCGGUUGGAGGACCUCGAGUUCACCGCGCCCAUCCACCUCACCUUCACCCGCGACGGCACAUGCCAUGCGCUCGCUUCGUAUUUCGACACCUCCUUCGAGCACCAAUGCUCAGAGAUGGUCUAUUUCAGCACCGGCCCUCAAUCGCCCGACACGCACUGGAAGCAAACAAUCUUUUAUCUGAACCAAGAGUUUCCCGUGCAUGCAGGCGACCUUCUUAGCGGCGAAAUCGUGCUUCAACGCUCACGAGAAAACCACCGCGCUCUGCGCAUGACACUGUCGUUCAUUGUGGAGCGCGUACAUCGCGAAGGCGUCGACUCGACUCCCGUGAAAGUGGAUCAGCUGUUUUUGAUGGACUAGAAAAAAAAAACGGUUUUGUUCUGCUUGCAUGAGGCUUGCCGUUUUUUGUGUCUUGUCAUUGGGCUGUUCUUGCGUUCAUAAGAAAUCGUGUAUUUUGCAUCGCACUUGUUGAUCAAAGAGCGAGAAUGGUUGAAUGACAAUGUUAACAGGAUUAAAGGUACAAGAAUGGCUUUUGCUGCCACGCAGCGUCGUCUGCUGUCUUUGACAAGUCC